UUUUAAACCACUCUCCAAAAAGCGUCGAAAUAUGGAACUCCAAAAAGAAAAAGGAGGAAAUGGCACCGUAAGACCGUGUGGUCAAUAUCGAAUGAACCAUCCGGCUUCUCACCUCUGAGGGCAUGAAGCCGCCCUUCCAGAAGCUCUACAGCUUCAGACGACACUCAGCAGGCAAUGCUACCACCCUAGGACCAAUAUUUUACCUCCGAUCACCGUGUUCGAACGCAAUUGUCCUCGCAAGACCAAAGAGAUCAUUCUCAUCCUCCAUCCGCAGUUCCAACAAGAUGACCAUUCCGGACAACUCCGUCGCAGCAGCGAUCAUAAAACCUCCCCACGAAAAUCAACCCGACUACUCCACCUGGAGCCAAUCGAGUCUCAUAUCCCGCAUCGCAGAGCUGGAACGCCAGCUAAAUUCCCAAAACCACAGCAACAGCACCAGCGAUGAUCGCACGGGUGCAGAUGCAGUAGCCAACAGAGGACGUCCAAGUAACAAGCCCGCAGACGUGCCCGCAGUUCUCCGCUCCCCAUCUUCAUCAUCCUCAUCGUCCUCCUCCUCCGCCUCACGUCGCUCCACUAAGAAAUCCCGCGACAUUGACCCCUCAAAAUAUAACAUGCGCUUUAUCGCGCUGAAAUUCGCCUAUCUGGGUCAAAGAUACAAUGGCUACGAACACGCUAAUGGCAAUACCACGCCUCUGCCGACUAUUGAGGAGGAGUUAUGGAAGGCGCUGAGGAAGGCGCGGUUGAUAUUUCCGCAGGCGGUGGAGGGGGAAGGGGUUGGGAGUGAGGAUGAUAUGGGAGGUGUAAAUGCGGAACAGGACAGGGGAGAUGGACGAGCAUAUAAGAUUGAUUGGACUGGCUGUCAGUAUUCGAAGUGUGGGAGGACAGAUAGAGGGGUUAGUGCGUUUGGGCAGGUUGUUGGGAUUAGGGUGCGGAGUGCGCGGCCGAAGAAGAGGGUCGAGGUGAAAAGUGACGGUACUGGUACUGAUGUCGGCGCAGUAGUAACUACUGCAGAGGUUUCCGCUGGUGCUUCUACUAAUGUCUACGAUAGCGGGGUGGAAAGUCCCCUCGGUGGAUUAUCAUUUUCUGGCUCAGAAAAUUCUGAUACCGAAGACGACUGGGACGACAUUGCAGAUGAGUUGCCUUAUAUAACUAUUCUGAACAGAGUGUUACCAGAGGAUAUCCGCGUGUUAGCAUGGUGUCCGAACCCGCCCCCGGAUUUUGAUGCCAGAUUCUCCUGCCGCGAACGCCGAUAUCGUUACUUUUUUACGCAGCCAGCGUUCUCUCCAACGCCGGGUCCCCUAGGCUUCCUGAAACGAGGACGGCAGGAGCAAGGUUCAGAGCGGAGCCCCAAUGGAGCGCACACUGAGCAACCUAGAGAAGGAUGGUUGGAUAUCGAAGCGAUGCGUGAAGGCGCGAAAUAUCUGAUUGGAUCCCACGACUUCCGAAAUUUUUGCAAAGUAGACCCGAGCAAGCAGAUAACAAACCAUGUGCGGCAUAUCUAUCAUGCCGAUAUCGAGCUGCUCGACCCCAAAACAAAACCUUUGUCAUAUUUGGGACAGCCCGGAUUCCGUCCCUUGAAAUCCGAGCAUGAUAGAACAACGGCAAAUGAGUCGACAUGGGACACAUCGACGUCCAAUAUUAAAAUAUAUACCAUCACGAUUCACGGAUCUGCUUUCCUCUGGCAUCAGGUCCGACACCUAGCCGCGAUACUGUUCUUGGUAGGCCAGGGACUUGAGCCUCCGUCGAUCAUACCAGAGCUACUGGACGUAGAGAGGAAUCCUCGUCGGCCCACGUAUGAGAUCGCAUCGGACGCACCGCUGGUUCUCUGGGAUUGCGUAUUCCCCGAUGAAAGCAGUGGGAGCAGAGAAGAUGCGAUGAAUUGGGUCUAUGCGGGCGAUUCACGGACAGCAAAAGUUGGAAAGGGGGAUAACAACAAAUUUGGCCAAGGGAGUAUGGUUGAUACGCUCUGGAGGGUGUGGAGACAGCGGAAGAUAGAUGAGAUAUUGGCGGGUGAGCUUCUCGAUCUUGCUGUGAGCCAAGGUGACAAGAGCGCGCUUACUCGGGGCAGGUUUAAGAACUCUACCCCAGACCUGGAAAAUAGAAGUCAGAAGGUGUUUUAUGGAGGUAAUGAAGGGAAAUUUGGUGGGAAAUAUGUGCCCCUGAUGCAAAGGCGCAGGCUUGACCCAGUGGAGGUGAUCAACGCGAGAUACACAAAACGACCAGGGAAGAAAACUAUUGCACAGGUCAAAGGACAGGAUAUCUCUAACGUCGAUCCUUAGCGUAGAAUCCACUCACAUUUUAUUCCCACUUAGAUUAUUAAUGCCCUUGGAUUGGUGUCUCUUUGUGAGUGUCGAGCUCCCACGCGUCAACAAACUGUGGACAAAACUGUAGAAUGACUGAGAACGAGUCAGGUGUCAAUUUGGAUCGUAAAGGCAUUUACGGGCUCCUUUCCAGACAUCUUCAAGAACAGAUCGUCGGGGCAGUAGAUUCUGUUGAUCUCUAGCAUUAAACGCAGUCCCCCGAAUUGACGAGACAAUUAGUAUGCAGAAUAUGUAUGAUGGCUUACCGGGAACACCACAACUACGUUUGACUCCCCUUCCACAAUGAUGGCGAGGUAGAACUUCACUUCAAAACCCUUGAAUGCCUCAUGGAUCAC